AUGGACGAGGGUCAAGAUCAAGAUCAAAACAACCAAGUUGCAUUAAAAGUAGGCUUAAUUGGUGACUCCCAGAUUGGCAAGACGUCACUAAUGGUCAAGUACGUCGAAGGUUCCUUCGAUGAAGAUUACAUACAAACGCUUGGCGUUAAUUUCAUGGAUAAACGAAUACAAAUAAGGAAUACUACAAUCAUGUUUUCCAUAUGGGAUCUUGGAGGACAGAAAGAGUUUAUCAAUAUGCUACCGCUAGUCUCCAAUGAUGCAGUUGCAAUUUUAUUCAUGUUUGAUCUAACGAGAAAAUCCACUCUCAAUUCGAUCAAGGAAUUUUAUCGACAAGUAAGAGGAUUUAAUAAAACAGCAAUUCCGUUUCUUAUUGGUACAAAAUAUGAUCAAUUUAUAGAUUUAUCAUUUCAAGAUCAAAUUGAAAUCACACAACAAGCUAAGAAAUUUGGAGCUGCAAUGAAGGCUCCGGUUAUUUUUUGCUCAACCAGUCAUUCGAUCAAUGUUCAAAAGAUAUUCAAAAUUAUCUUGUCGAAGGCAUUUGAUUUAAAGUUGAAUUUGGAGGAGAUUGUUAAUGUGGGAGAACCAAUAUUGAUUUUCAAAUGA